AUGGAAACUUCUACUUCAAGCAGCCUUGGAUCCCUGAGUCGUGAAGACAAGGAGGACUGUAGUUCAUCUACAACAAUACAUUCUGCAACUAGUGAUGACAGAUUUCAGGACCGAGCCUUCCUGAAGGUGACCUGCUUCCCUGAAGUUCUGACUUGUGAGAGUUUUGAUGUUAAACUGUGCCUGUAUAGUCUUCUUUUGAAAGAAUUGCUGCUGCUUGAUACUGAACUAAGAAGGGAAAAACAGGUGAUAUUUAUUCAGGUUCUCAGAACAUACCUCUCUGAUUUUUACCUUAAAAAGAGGAUUACUGAAGAUUUGUACCAGAAGAUCAUUUUGACGCAAGAAACUGAUUUGGAAGAGUUACAGAAACAACUUACCUCCAGACUACUGAGUACUGAAAUGUCGAGCGCUCGUAAUUCAGAGUACCAGACCUUAGAAGACUUAGAAAGGAAAGAGAGGGAAUAUUCUGAACAUAUCAUAGAUAAUAUGGAAGCUUUCUGGAAGCAGGCAGACAAAGCCGAGCAGUUUCUCCUGAACCAAUCAAAUUGCUCAAGUGCCAAAAGAGGAAAGAUGAUGAUGUAUCUGACUGAGAGAAUGAUUGCAGUAGAAGGGUUAUUAAGCCAGUCUCAGGAUUUGCAAGCAAUGGACAUUCAAGAAAGAAUAUUUAAUUGGGAGCUAAUGGUGAAAAUGGUCGAUUUUUUUAAGACAAAGAUACAAGAAGAAAGUAAAUGUAGACUAGAUGCUGUAGCUGGCAUAUUGGACCAGUUAACGAUAAAGAGCAACCUCUCUCUUUCGCAGAAGGAAGAGCUUUUAACAGGCCUGCACAAGGCCUUCUUGGAGCAAGUAGCACAUUGCAAUAACGAAUGUGUCCAACAAGGUAAAGACCUAAUCGUGAAACUCCUGGCAUGUCGUACAAGGAAGAUAAGAGAGAUCAAACAAGCUCAGAAGGAUGAACAAGAGGAUCUACUCAGUAAAACUCAGAAAAUAGGGGAACUUGAUGAGUUUCUGAAGGCCUGCCAUGAAAUGUUAGAGAAGCAGAGACAGACACUGCAUGAUCUGGAAGAAGAGGAUGACUGCCAGAGCACUGAGGCCAUUGCAGAGCUCCAUCAGGAACUGUGUUCUGGAACUUCCCAUGCUUUAGAUGAGUUGGUGCAAGAGUUAUUUCUUCAGACUCUUCCUACCAAGACUGGUCUGUCUUUAAGAGAAUGUGAACUUCUAAAAGAAGAAUGUCAGGAGAAUUUGAUCCUUCAAUUAGAGAAAUGGGACAGCUGUAGACAAAAGCAGUGGAAGCUCUUCCAAGAACAACUGCAACAAGAAAAACAGCUGUGGACCAAGGAGUAUGCUCUGUCUGCUGUGAUGCAAAAACACCUGUCUGAGAAACAUGAGAAGAUUAUCCAAGGUGUUUUAAGCCGAUUAGGUGGCCUCAGUGAGGAGUCUGCUAAAUACAUAUUACGGAAGCACAGACUCUUGCUGUGUUCAGUUCUCAGAAGGUUAGCAGUCCGAAAUGUUGCUAUGGCUGCUCUGACUCACAUGAAAAUGUCCCAGAAGAAAAGCUUGCUUCAGGAGCUAAGAGAACAACAUACUCUGCAAAAGAGUUCCUCACACUGUCAAGAUGAACACCAGUGGCAACUACAGAACGCAAUGGAAUCUCACAUUCUGGAAGAAGAGGAGAAGCUGGAGGAGGAAACUCAACAAACACGUUUGGAAUUUCAUCAGCAGUUAGUUGCAGAAAUCCAAGAAGCUCUUCAGCUUGUGCAGCAGCACAUGGAACAAGUGAUUGGGCAGGCCUUGCUCCAGCAUGCCCGGCAAGAAGCUGCUAAGCAAAGCUCUGACGAUGAAGAGGACUUCAAGGAGAGACUGAUAGAAGCAGCUGUAGAGAGUGUAUAUGUGACCAGCAAUGGUGUCAAUAGACUGGUGCAACGCUACUACCAGCAAAUAGAAAAAAUCAUGGACGGGCAUGAAAACAGAAAACUUCAACAGCUGAAAUCCUUUCAGGCAGAAAGGACUGAAAAUAACAGACUCAGAAAAAAACAAGAAGAAAAUGAACAAACAUUGAAAGAAAAAAUGAAUCAAGGCACCCUGAACACGUCAUCUGCAGUCCAUCAAAGCCUGCUUUCCUCUACCAGGAUGUUGUUACAACAACAAAAAUUCUUGGCUCAGUUUGAUGUGCAGCAGCAGGUUCGUCUGGACUCCCUAAAACAGAAGAUACUGGUAUUGCAUCAUCUAGAAACACAACUUGAAAAUCAGCUAAAGCAAGCAGAACAAGAUUUCAUCACUGAGCUAGCUGCAUUGGCCCGAGUUCCCCUCACAGUGCGCAAGCAGCCUUUAAAUAGGAGCGUACAAUCAGGUUAG